AUGGAGCUUGUGGAAAGAAAAAUCAUCGAUCCAUUAGAGGAAAAGGCCACUAUCCAAAAAGGAGCAGGCGUGCUUAAUUACUUUACCACACUACGGCACAUCUCUCCUGGUCCCCUAAGUGGAGGAGCUUGUAGAAGCCUCCUUUUCCCAGAAACGGAAGACCUAGGCUAUGAGCUCGUCCUCUGUCAAUUAGAUAUAGCGCUUCGAAAAAUCUUAUGGGAGGAAGAUGGGUCACUUUGCCUUCUUGAUUGGGCAUCUGUCGGCUACUAUCCAAGAUUGUUCGAAUUCUGCAUGCAGUGGAUCAUUGAAGGAAAAGACGGUAGCUUCAACUCUCUUCUCUUGGAAUACCUACUUCCAGCCGAUCCAAAAGGUCUGAAUGCCUCACCUCAAAAACACCCACUUCUGUCGCUCCUCCGAACGUAG